GGCUGCCUUGCACACGCGUGACCCCUCGCCCCGCUGCAGCCAAUGGCACUGGGCGUCUCGGGCACCUGUACACUGACUGGGUUGGCCUCGCGGCGGCGGCGGCAAGUAGGGUGCGAGCGAGCCAAGGGAGCACACGCAAACAACACCGACACCACACGCACAGUGAACACCACGCACGCGACAACACGACGCGAAAUCCCAGCGGCGCGCGGUUUUUGUUGUCGUUGCGGCGGUGGUGGUUACAAAGCAGCCGUCAGCAUUCGAAGCGUGGGUUGAGAGAGUGGGGGGGUGGUGGUGGUGGUGGGAGAACGGGCGCCGUCGUUGAAACUGUUUCGAACGAUCACAGGAUAACAAGAAGAAGAAGAAGCAGCAGAAAACAAAAUGUCGUACAAUUACGUGGUGACGGCGCACAAGCCGACGGCUGUGAACGCGUGCGUCACGGGUCACUUCACGUCCGCAGAGGACCUGAACCUCCUCAUUGCCAAGAACACCCGGUUAGAGAUCUACGUGGUGACGCCAGAGGGCCUGCGGGCCGUCAAGGAGGUCGGCAUGUACGGGAAGAUUUCCGUCAUGGAGCUCUUCCGGCCACAAGGAGAAAAAAAAGACCUUCUCUUCAUCUUGACUGCCAAGUACAACGCAUGCAUCCUGGAGUACAAACAGGAUGGGGAUAAUGUGGAUAUCAUCACGAGGGCACAUGGUAACGUGCAGGACCGUAUUGGACGUCCAUCAGAAACGGGCAUCAUUGGCAUUGUAGACCCCGAGAGCCGCAUGAUUGGUCUGCGCCUCUAUGAUGGCCUAUUCAAGGUCAUCCCGCUUGACCGGGACAACAAGGAGCUGAAGGCCUUUAACAUUCGCUUGGAGGAGCUCAUGGUCAUCGAUGUCAAGUUCCUGUUUGGCUGUGCCGUGCCAACCAUUUGCUUCGUAUACCAGGACCCCCAAGGUCGGCAUGUGAAGACCUAUGAGGUGUCUCUUCGAGAUAAGGAGUUUAAUAAGGGGCCUUGGAAACAGGACAAUGUGGAUGCCGAAGCUGGAAUCGUCAUUGCAGUGCCCCAGCCAAUGGGAGGAGCUCUUAUUAUUGGACAGGAAGCUAUCACAUACCACAAUGGUGACCAGUAUCUACCCAUUGCUCCUCCUGCCAUCAAGCAAAGCACCAUCGUGUGCCAGAAUCGCGUGGACGCCAACGGCUCCCGCUACCUCUUGGGCGACAUGGAGGGGCGGCUGUUCAUGCUGCUGCUGGAGAGGGAUGAGCUCAUGGACGGCACGGCCACCGUGCGGGAUCUGCGAGUUGAGAUGCUCGGGGAGACAUCUAUUGCCGAAUGUCUGACUUACUUGGACAAUGGUGUGGUCUACAUCGGUUCAAGACUCGGAGACUCCCAACUGGUUAAGUUGAAUGUUGACAGCAAUGAGCAGGGCUCAUACGUCACAACCAUGGAGACCUUCACCAACCUGGGCCCCAUUGUGGACAUGUGCGUUGUGGACCUGGAGCGGCAGGGGCAGGGCCAGUUGGUGACAUGCUCAGGUGCAUUCAAGGAGGGCUCAUUGCGAAUAAUCCGCAAUGGCAUUGGAAUUCACGAGCACGCCAGCAUUGACCUGCCGGGCAUUAAGGGCUUGUGGCCUCUCCGCUCGGACCCCACACGUGACUUGGAUGACAUGCUUGUUCUCUCCUUUGUCGGCCAGACACGAGUGCUCAUGUUGAAUGGUGAAGAGGUGGAGGAGACUGAGUUGCCCGGUUUCUGUGAUGAGCAGCAGACCUUCUACUGCGGCAACGUGGCCAAUGAACAGCUCAUCCAGAUAACCUGUGGAUCCGUGAGACUGGUGGACCACAAGUCAAAGGCGCUGGUGAGCGAGUGGAAGGAGCCCAGUGGCAAGAACAUCAGUGUGGCCUCCUGCAACGCGGCGCAGGUGGUGUGCGCCGUGGGCCGUAUGCUCUUUUACCUGGACAUCUCGGCAGGGCAACUCAAGCAAGUCAGUUCCACCGAGAUGGAGCAUGAGGUGGCAUGCCUCGACAUCUCGCCGCUGGGCGAUGGGGCCGGCAACUCGACCCUGUGUGCCGUGGGCCUGUGGACGGAUAUCUCUGCGCGCAUCCUGCGUCUGCCCUCGUUCGACACACUGCACAAGGAGAUGCUGGGUGGAGAGAUAAUCCCACGCUCGAUCCUGAUGACAACGUUCGAGGGAGCCCAUUACCUGUUGUGUGCACUUGGAGACGGAGCCCUCUUCUACUUCAAUCUCAGUGUGGACAGCGGCUACCUGAGCGACAAGAAGAAGGUGACACUGGGCACACAGCCGACAGUGCUGCGCACGUUUAAGUCUCUUUCCACAACCAACGUGUUUGCCUGCUCGGACCGCCCCACCGUCAUCUACAGUAGCAACCACAAGCUGGUCUUCUCCAACGUGAACCUAAAGGAGGUCAACUACAUGUGCCCCCUCAACUCACAAGGCUACCCUGACAGCUUGGCGCUGGCGAACAACAGCACUCUUACCAUUGGCACCAUCGAUGAGAUUCAGAAACUGCACAUCCGAACAGUGCCACUCAACGAAUCUCCCAAGCGCAUUUGCUAUCAGGAGUCAUCGCAAUGCUUUGGUAUUCUCAGCAGCCGCGUGGAGUUACUCGACCAAAACGGGGGCACCAGCCUCGUGCGACCGAGUGCCAGCACGCAGGCGCUCUCCAACAGCGUAAGCAACAGCAAGCUGUUCUCGAGCAACAGCGCGCAGCACGAGAGUUCGUACGGCGAAGAGACAGAGGUGCACAGCCUGCUAGUCAUCGACCAACACACCUUUGAAGUGCUGCAUGCGCACCAGUUCCUCCCGAGCGAGUACGCUCUGAGCAUCGUGUCGUGCCGUCUGGGGAAGGACCCCACGACGUACUUCGUGGUGGGCACAGCCAUGGUGUACCCCGAGGAGGCGGAACCCAAGCAAGGCCGUAUUGCCAUAUUCCACUACACGGACGGGAAAUUGCAGACGGUGGCAGAGAAGGAGGUGAAGGGUGCAGUGUACUCAAUGGUUGAGUUCAACGGCAAACUCUUGGCCAGCAUCAACAGCACGGUGCGCCUUUACGAGUGGACGGCGGAGAAGGAGCUGCGCACCGAAUGCAACCACUACAACAACAUCAUGGCCCUUUACCUCAAGACCAAGGGCGACUUCAUCCUCGUGGGCGACCUCAUGCGCUCCAUGCUGCUGCUUGCUUACAAGCCCAUGGAGGGUAGCUUCGAGGAAAUUGCCCGUGACUUCAACCCCAACUGGAUGAGUGCGAUAGAGGUGCUUGACGAUGACAAUUUCCUGGGGGCAGAGAAUUCCUACAACCUGUUCGUUUGCCAGAAGGACAGCGCGGCCACGUCGGACGAGGAGAGGCAGCACCUGCAGGAGGUGGGGCAGCUGCACCUGGGCGAAUUCGUAAACGUGUUUUGCCACGGCUCGCUCGUCAUGCAGAACCUCGGUGAGAGCUCCACGCCAACGCAGGGCUCCGUGCUCUUCGGCACCGUCAACGGCAUGAUCGGGCUGGUGACGUCACUGUCGGAGGGCUUGUUCACGUUGCUGCAGGACAUGCAGGGCCGCCUCACCAAGGUCAUCAAGAGCGUGGGCAAAAUCGAGCACUCCUUCUGGAGAUCGUUCCACAACGAGCGAAAGACAGAAGCAGCAACGGGUUUCGUGGAUGGGGACCUCAUCGAGAGUUUCCUGGACCUUAGCCGCCCCAAGAUGCAAGAAGUGGUGGCUGGGCUGCAGAUUGACGAUGGGAGCGGCAUGAAGAGGGAAGCGACAGUGGACGACCUGAUCAAGACUGUGGAGGAGCUCACGCGAAUCCACUGAGCAGCGGGCAUCUUCCACUGCACAUGCUGUCCCAAACAUCAGUAGCCCUUCAUUGACACGAGUGAGACAUAGGAUUUACCUUAUUUUGCCUGAAAGUUUUUCCUUUGUUCAUUUUACCCACUGCUGCCCUGCAUUGUUUCGCUUUACCUUCCCUUUCCCCAACUUGUGUUCCGUUGUCGACAAUUUACUUUCACUCACCACACACACACAGGUAAUGCUCUUUCAACCACCUCCCUUUUCUGAAUAAUCCGUGUUAUCGAGACGGUGAUGAUGAACACUGUCGUGCUUGUACUGUGCCACACCCCCGCCUCACUCAUCUGUACAUUUGGACAACAGGAAGCAUGGCCCUUGUUUCAGAGGAAGUGGUUUCUUUGUUAUUUAACUGCUCAGGAGGGGCUGCCCUUCCGCAUGGGCACCCACUUAUAAUAAAAUAACUGUCUAGUUGCCCCAAAAAAGUGUUUUUGUUGCCCAGCUGCCUCGUUUUAUCAAAAGCCCAGCUACACCACGACCCAAUCAUGUCUACAUUUAUCCAAAACUCCAGCCACCAAUUUAGCCAAUUUAUCAGUUAUAUCAAACACACAGCUUUCCGCUUACUCGAAUGCCUCAUCCUGUCGCUCAAACAUCCAACUAUUCCAGUUUAACAGCUUUUCAAUCACCAGAACAUCCAGCGACACAUUUAUCUUAACAGGCAGAUAUUCGGUUAUAAAGCUGCAUCGUUCCCAAGACUUAUAUUCUCAGCAAGCAACCCUGUUACCUGAUAUCCAGCUGCCCAAACUGUAAAAAGUAAAAUUCAUGACCAUCUUCCAAACGCCUCUUGGGCCAUUGUUUCCCCAGCAGCUCUUGUUCGCAAAAAAAAUAGUUCUACAAAUGUCGAUUUUUAUUUGCUGAUGACACACAGUUGAUAUUGAUGCAGCUGCUGCAGAAACAGAUUAAUCCAGAUAUAUGUUUGGAUGAUGGAUCUGAUGUUAUUUUGUUGUGAUGGGUAUACAUUUUACGUUAACUUGUUACUGAAAUACAAUCCACCUUUGCAUGUAAUGUACAGUUUUGCUAUACUGCCCUGAAUACCCCAAUGUUGCUGAGUUGCCUUUACAUUUUACAAGAGCAAUUUUAUCAGAAUUUAAGAGGCCAUUCCAUGCUGUUGAGACACAAAAAGUCAAAACUUGUCCAGUUGACUGCUGUAAACAAAAUUCUGAUGGAUAUCAUCAGUCCUGCGAUCCUAAAGUUGAUUUAACUUUAUGGCAAUUAAAUAACCCCUCUGUGUAUUUAUUUUCCACGAUCUGCCAAUACGGUGCAACAAAUCUACCCGUUCUUCCAACAAAUACCUUGCUACCAGUUGCUGCCUGAGAAAACACCUUGCCACCGUUAAACCGUGCUUCAUGACGGUGAAACGUUGAAAGUGGGAUUCGGGUUUUCCAGUUACCCUUCAGGACACGGCCCAGCCAUUAUCCAUUUCCCCUGGUCUAUGUAGCAGUUGCAAAACUUUAAAGAGCCAGCAAGCCAUCAUAUACGUUUUCACUUUUAUAAAUAUGACGUGCAGCUUCCCAAACAUCUACGUGCGGUCUGCUUGUCUGAUCAGACAGCUUGCCUGUACGCUCACCCGGCACAAGCCAAGGCUGCCGACGGGUGCAGAGAGCGCUCACCUCCACACACGCCGUUUUUCUCAUUGGCAUAGUACAACACAGGACGCUGCAUUCUCCCAACACAAGAGGCCAGUCUUUUCUCCCAUUUUACAAUAAUGCCGCGCACAAACAAGUGGCGAGUGACAUUUUAUUUUGACCAAGGAGUUGUAUAAGAAUGACGCUACCUUGGUCUGCGGUCUGCUUAUCUGAAAUCGUGUACCUCAUGUUUGCCAACACUAUUGUGGGUUUUGCUGACUACGGGGGUUCUUUAAGGAUCGUUUAUUUGCUUCGUCGUAUGAAAUGCAGCACAAUUGGGACACUGGCAUUUUAAAAAAAUCACUCCCUUUAAAUUCGCCAUUCCCCCCCCUUCCUUUGCUCAUUACCUGUAAAUAUUUAGAACAGUAAACCAAUGCUGUUACUAGCAUUGACCCAGAUCAUCGCCAUCACGCCGGAUCCUUAAAAAUGUGCACCACCUUUUUGGUCAUUUGUGUUUAAGGAACUCGCCGGUCUCCACCAUCGGAAUGUGGAAUUGCAACCACUGACUCAGGAUCAUUCAUGGGGAUGAGUUCCAAGACAUUAGUCCUAUGUUAGAUGUAGCUGUAUUAACUCAUUGUACACUUCAUACCAUUCAUGAAAGUAAUAUGUACGAAACAUUCACGAAUGAUAUGUGCAAAUAUUUGAGUUGAUUACAAAACAGUUUUUUGGAAAGGGACUUCACAAUGCAUCUAAAACUUUUAUCGUGUCAAUAAAGUUAUGUAAAUCUGAUUAAACGCGCGCACGCGCACACCUACCAGAUUCUAAGACGCGUCCCCCAAUGCUUGCUUUAAAAUACAGGGAAGUAAAAUGCCCUCUAAUCGCAAGUAUGAUACAUCCCGACACUAACUGUCACGCACACAGUAACCAAAAUUUAAGACUGAAUCCCACACCUGUUCGGGCCCCAAUAUUCUAUUGUGUAUACUCUUUCGGUAAAGUCACGUAUGUAGAAAAAAAUAAUAGAACACGCCGUUUCGAUCGCCUGAUGACGAUUGCUUGCGUUGCGAUCAAAACGUGAUCUAUUAUUUUUUCUACCUACGUGACUUACCGAAAGAACCAGAGUGUAGUCACGAAAGCUUCAUAUCAAGAUUGUGUUGUGUAGUUGUGCAAUCUUAAUAUCAAGUCCAUUCCAGUCUCGUGUCCACCUGAAACCUACGAUAGUUCUCGUACGAGUUUGAAACACCCUUACUCCAAAUCUCACAGUAUUCAGCGCACACCCGCGUCCACAAUCUCUCGUCACGAGUCAAAAUCCUAUAAUAUUUGGGCAGUCUUAUUUUCGUCCGUUUUUUUUGUAUCGUAGGACAACUUUAAGCUUUACACGUAAUGUUUUUAAGGUCCUAAUACCCUCCCACUGCCAUUUCCAAAACAUACAAAACAUGAUCAAUAUCAAUGUAAAUAUGAAAACAAAAAUACCCAGUGUUUUAUAGUUUUUGCUUGCAUUAAUCUUGAAUAAAUUGCAGUUUAUCUUUACUGUC